GAAUAAAUUAUCCUCCAUGGUUAUUCGUACAACCAUUCAACUUUAGGGUUGUGUUGUAUUAUUAGUUUGCUCUCUGUGUAGAAGUAGAAAAAUGGGUUCAGAAAGUAUUAAACAAGAAGUGGAGGAUUUGAAUUCUUAUUAUAUGUUACAUGCACUUCCAAAGAGGAAACCAAACUGGACUGCAACAGAACAAAACCGCAUGCUUGACCUCUAUGCUAGCUACAAAGACGUUUUGGGAUCUAAACAUAUGAUUACAGCCCGGAGUAAGGCAGAAUGCUGGGGUGCUAUCACACUCAAGCUGAAUGAAGGCAACACGGGGGUCAUGAGGUCAGUGGAUGAGGUCAAACGCAAAUGGCACAAUCUUGUUGGGCAGGGACGCAGAGAUUUCUACGACUGGAAGAGACUGCAGCAGUACGACAAGAAUACAAUCUGCACUAUGCCCGCUAGAAGCUGCAAAGCCCUGGAACUGUUCUUUAACAGUAAAUUUGAGAACUGGAAAAACCAGACCGAUGAUCUUCAGUGGGAUGAUGGCUCAAAUCAGGAUGAUUGUGAGAUCAGAAAUUUUGACCUAAAUGAUCCUGAGACGUUCGAUCAUGAGCAACUCGCUGGAAAAAAUCCUUUUGCUCCAUCACGACCAGGUAGCACACCAGCAAAUGCCAAAGUUCAAGUAAAAGAGAAACCUGGCACUAGUGUCUUGCCUGCAUCAGCCUUAGUUACACACCUUUCCUCAUCAGCCUCGGAGACUAUGAGCAGAAUCCCCUCAACUUACUUUCAAGACACUGUUAUGCAAGAGCCUCCUCAGGUUCAAGUUGUGUGGAGAGCUAAUCCAGCUGCAUCAAGGAGCAGUGUUUGCCAGAACACCGUUUCCGCUAGUAAAGACUCUGUGUCUCACGUCCAAGUCAAGCAUGAGCUGGAGACCAUUGCAGCCUCGGCCAGUUUAAAUCAGAUCUCUCUGGAAUCACUCCACCAACCUCCCGUCACGACAGCAACCAUCCCUCCAAGCUCAUCUCCCAUCAUUGACCCACUCCUUGCUUCAUCCUCUAGUCACAGUCAAGAGUCCUCCUCUCCUCCCCCUGAAGAGCCAGCAAGGAAGAAGCGCCGCAUCUCUGAGACUGUCCAAUCACAACACGAGGCGGAGUUGAGAAUGGACAUUCUACAAUUGGAGAAAGAUAAAUUGUGGUUGGAAACGGAGAAAUUGCGACUCGAGAUUGACAUUCUGAGAAAACAGAAACGACAAAUAGACAACUGAACAGUUAAUAGAC